AUGCGCCUUUCAUGGCUGCUCUCACUGCCCGCAGUGCUCACUGUAGCAUCUGCCAUUGCUAUUGAGAAACGCGAUGCAGACUUCCUGAGCGUCCGGACCAAAAUGCACAAGGAUAUGAGUGGCAGGAGAGGAGAUCCCAAGGACAAAUAUUUUCAUGAAAGCGUAUUUCAUCCACAUUAUGAUGGCCGGUUUGCCGAUCACCAAUUAGGAUAUCGAGAACGAAAGCAGGCACUCUCCAAUUUGAUUCAGACAUACUUGGCUACAAUGUCAGACAUUGGUGUCGAGACAUGGCUGAUGCAUGGUACUUUAUUGGGGUGGUGGUGGAAUCGCAAGAUUCUACCCUGGGAUUCCGAUUCCGAUGUCCAGGUAUCGGAGUCUUCGAUACACUACCUCGCAUCGUACUACAACAUGACCGUUUUCCAUUACAAAACACCUCGUAUCCCUGAAGGAAGGGAUUACAUGAUGGAAAUAAAUCCCCAUUACUCCAAUCGAGAACAGACCGAUAAACUGAAUGUAAUUGAUGCGAGAUGGGUCGAUACUACAAGUGGAUUGUUCAUCGACAUUACGACUGCAAGAUAUAAUUCUACUCAUCCUUCUGGAGAAGGCAUGUUGAGUUGCAAAGAUGGACACGAAUAUAGGGAUACUUACAUUUUCCCUCUGCGAGAGACAUUCUUUGAAGGCACACCUGCGAAAAUACCAUUUGCGUACAAAGAGGUUCUCGAGGCCGAGUAUAAACAGAAAGCCUUGACCCUGGUCGAUUUCGAGGGUCACCAUUUCGACGAAGACAAACUUGAAUGGAUUCCAGUCAACAAGAAAUACAUAGCAGAUGCAAAGAAUAAGGCAGACGAGAAGAAGGCCAAGGCGCAGGAAGAGCAGAAGAAGGAGAAGUUAGCCCAGGAUAAGAAAGCCGAGGAGCAGAAAAACCAGGGGCAACAAGCUUUAAGCGAACCUGGGAAGCAAGCACCAGUGGCUCCAGAACAGCAACCCGAGACCAACCAAGCCGAACCACCAAAACCCGAUGGCCCUCAAGUCGUGAAACAGCCCACGAAAGCUGACCAGCUACCCCCUCCCGAGCAACAGAAUGUAGAUGCCCAAAAAGCCAAAGAGGAAGAAGCUCGAAUCGCUACCCUGAAGGCCGGCGAAGAGGAAAGGAAGGUCAAAGAAGCGGCGGAACGGGAGCAGGAACAGGAAAGGCAGGGUGGUAAGAGAUGA